AUGGAAGAGAAGAAGAGUAGCACCGUCAACAUGAUAGAAAAGCUCAUGCAGAUGCUCCCGAGCUUGUCCGAGACCGAGGCAGAAGCAGCACGUUUUCAGAUCGAGAGACUUCGGGACGCGAAUCCUUUUCUCUCGGGAGCGGAGGCAAAGCCAGCUACUAUUCUGGAGUGCUGGGAGAGUCGCGGAACAAGUCGCAUGGAAAUCCUAGCUAGUGUUCUGAAGAAAGAGAAGGACCUGCUGCGAGGGUACAAUAUUAUCAUGCAGGCUGAAAGCUCAACGGCAAUCAAAGAAAGAAUUGAGUAUACGCAACGCAAGAUUUACUUUGUGCAAUCGGAGCUAACUAAGAUCCGACGCAUGGCAGACGAUGCCGGGGUAAAGUGCCGAGUUUUUGAAUCUGAUAAGAGUAUUUUAGAGCGCCGCAACGACUCGGCUCCUGAGAAUAGCAAGAAAAGAACCGGAAAGGCGUACCUGACUUUUACUAAUCUUAACAACAAGAACCCCCUCUAUAAAAACGUGGCCGUGCAUGUUUAUGUUGAGGAUGUGCUCUUUGCUAAGCUAACUGAAGCGGAUAUUGCUAACUGCAAGGCUAUGGAGCUACAGUUUAAUCAAGCACAAAAGAUAGAUAUUUUGCUGAUCUCAGAUAGUGACGUCGUGAUUGGAUGGCUAUACUUUCCGAUUGAAGAUCUUGUUGUGGCCGAAGAUAAGGGCGAGCGGGCUUUCUACUACUCGUUUUCUGACACUAGCACACUAUCGCUUUCCUUUGGACAGUGUGUGCUGGAAAGUCAUGGGCUGCAGAGAGGAAACGUUGAUUUGAUUACACAGCGGGCCUUUGGGCAUGUAAUGCGUCUAAUUGACGAUAAAGAGUACUACUACUGCGGUGUGUGCAGCAACAACAGCAAGGUUGAUCCGGUGUACUAUCGCUGCGACAACUGCAAGUUUACUUGUCAUCUGGGAUGUGCUCGGAAGAUCUUCUUUCUUUGUGUAGAGUACCUACGGGUCCGCGAGGAAGAGGAAGAAAAGAACAAGGUAGAAGAGCAGAUCAACCAAAUACGCAUUGAGCGACUCAAAAUGAUUGUUGCCGCCAUUGACAUUCGCGAGAAGCCUGAAACUGGCACCGAAACAGCCGACCGUACACAGCACCCUGAAAAGUUCGAUGUUGAGACCGCAGGGACAGAUCCAGCUGACCGGCCGCCGACCAAGAAGUACAGCAUUGAGCACUCCCUUAACAAAACCAAAAUACUUGGCAUGUCCUGGUGCUCUCACUGCGGGGAGCGGCUUAGUAUUCUGGCUCUGGGCUUAAUGUGCAGUGCCUGUGAACAUGUGUACCACAUUGAAUGCCGGCCAAUGAUCUUCUGCUCCUGCGGUAUUACUGAUGAACUGCGCACUGAACUGGUAGCUUACCACCCCGCCCCAAAGAAGAAAGAAGAUACCUCCGGGAUUACUCUUGAUGAGUUUGAAAUGGUUUCACUAAUCGGUCGAGGUACCUUUGGUAAGGUCUUCCUGUGCCGCUGGAAAGACCAAACCGUGGCUUUGAAAUCAAUCAAAAAGAAGACUGCGAUUGAUAAGAACUGCGGAGAGUAUAUGGAAAUUGAAAGAAGAGCCCUGGAAAUUGCCAAAGCAUCCAAGAACCCGUAUCUACUCGAAAUUCUUGGCUCUUUUCAAACAAGCACACAUGUUUUCUUUGCAACCGAGUUUGCCGCUGGAGGCGAUCUGUAUUUCCAAACCCAGUCCCGCGAAAUUCCACCCGAAGAGAUUCAAAUGAUUUUGGCCCAAAUUCUAUUGGGAGUUGAGUCGCUGCACUCAAACAACAUUAUUUAUCGAGACCUCAAGCUAGAUAACAUUUACUUCACCUCAAACGGGCGUAUUAAGAUCGGUGAUUUUGGGCUGGUUAGUAUUGGAGCCCAGCACGGUGUAGCCCAUACUUUUUGUGGAACUCUAGCCUACGUGGCCCCGGAGGUCAUUAAAGGAAAGUACACCAAAGUAGUUGAUUGGUGGGGUCUUGGUGUCAUUGCUUACGAACUCGUUAUGCACAAAGCACCUUUCCAUGGCGAAACCAAAAGUCUGUUGCAAGCCGCCAUCAAAAGCGAGGUGCCUGAAGAUCUAGACCAGCUCAAUGAGUCUACACGGAGUCUGAUUGAAGGUCUACUAGAUAAGAACCCUAAAACCAGGCUUGGAGCCGAGUCUUCCCAGCAAAUCAAAGAACAUCCCUACUUCGCCGGAAUUAACUGGUCCCAACUAAAGACCCAACCACCUCCAGCCCAAUGGACACCUUCAGACAAGAUUGAAGACAACUUUGACCUGCUACUUACCCGCGAGCCACCAGCAAUUUCUCCAGCCGCCGAGGUAACCGAAGAUCAAGAUGUCUAUUUCCAGAACUUUUAG